CUCGCCUUUACAAAAACGUGCCGCGUCAUCGCUUUGGUACUUCCGUAGCGAAAUCGAGAGAGUUCGAGACAGAGAGUGCGCGAGUGAUCGGAAUCUUCGGGCAAUGGCGUGGCUGACAAGGUUCUUAGCAGCAGUGGCGUUCUUGGCUAUGGGGGUGAUAUUCUCGCCGGAGACCUUCGGAUCGAAGUCGGACGGCGAGAAUCCGGCGAAGGUGACGGCGUCGGCGUUACUCAAGCUGGCUCAUCUCCUCAGCUUCUCCACCGCUUGGGGUGCUGCUCUCUGGGCUACUUUCUUCGGCGGCAUCAUCAUGUUCAAGAAUUUGCCGAGGCAUCAGUUCGGGAACCUGCAAAGCAAGAUGUUUCCGGCGUAUUUCACUUUGGUGGGCACGUGUUGUGCGAUUUCGCUAGCCGCUUUUGGAUAUCUGCAUCCAUGGAAGUCAUCUUCGGCAGUGGAGAAGUAUCAGCUAGGGUUUCUACUCUCCGCAUUUGCUUUCAAUCUGGCCAACUUGUUUGUAUUUACACCCAUGACUAUCGAGACGAUGAAGCAAAGGCACAAAGUGGAGAAAGAGAAUAACAUUGGGAAUGAAAUCGGGUGGUCCAAGAACCAGGAGGUGGCGAAGAGUAACCCGAAGCUAGCUGCCAUGAACAAGAAAUUCGGAAUGAUUCACGGGCUAUCAUCAUUAGCUAAUAUCAUGUCCUUUGGUUGCCUCGCCAUGCACUCUUGGUAUCUGGCUGGGAAGAUCCAUCUCUAGUACCUGUGGAGAGAAACAAGGUCUGCGAAUACACACGCACACGCGUAUAGACUCCCUCAAGACAUUUCAACUCAAAAUCCCAUGUAAGAUAUGUCUUUCUCGUAUCAGUGGGAGAAUCCAGGGAUAUAUUCUCAGUGGUAUCGUAACAGAGAUUGUACUAAUAAUGGUCAUGGAACGAUCAGGGAAAACCAUGUUCCGAAGCCUGAGGCUUCUACUACUCUGUUUCUUCCUUCCUAUAUUA